AUGCCUCCAAAUUAUAAUCCUGCAAAAAAUGAUGCAAUAGAACUAUUAACACCAGGAGAUCAUCAUCUCGAACUUGGAGGAGGAGCAGGCGGUUCAACAGGAACAGGACAACAAAAAAGACUCGGCAGACACACUCGUUCUGCAUCAUCAUCAUCGUUUAUACAUUACAAAGCGCCUCAAAAAAAAGAGGAAGUGAUACCCAGUGGCAAUAAACUUGCGUCUCAAGCGCUACCUUCGUUAUUAAUCUGUGUUGUUGGAUUGAUUAUAGCAGGAUGGAUGAUGGAUAUAUACCAACAUUGGAAAGUGUUUACCCAAGUGUCAGAAUUAUUCAUCUUGGUGCCUGUACUGUUGAAUUUGAAAGGAAAUCUCGAGAUGAAUCUAGCCGCAAGGUUCUCAACAUCUGCGAAUAUGGGCGAUUUGGAUCAUCCUGAAACUAGAAAUGCACUUGUAUGGGGCAACCUGUCGUUGAUCCAGGUGCAGGCACUGAUAUCAGGCUCCAUUGCAGGUUUAUUCUCGGUAUUUCUAGGCGCAUUAUUACAUCCAGAGGAUUCAGUGACGAUCAGUGAAAGUGUGCUAGUGAUUGCAAGCUCCAUGGUGUCAGCCUCAGUGUCGAGUUUUGUGCUAGGAUUGUUCAUGUGCAUUCUCAUAAUCAUCAGUCGCAUGCUCAAGAUUGAUCCUGACAACAUUGCUUGUCCCAUGGCUUCUUCUUUGGGUGAUGUUGUUACACUUGGUAUUUUGGCAGGAUGCGCAAAUCUUUUAUUAGUCAAUAUGGAGACGAAUCUAAGUACAUUUUUACUCCUGAUCAUGUUUAUUUCAAUCCCAUUUUUUGGUUUAUCUGUCUGGAGAAACCCUCAUGUCAGAGACCUGCUCUUUUCUGGCUGGACGCCCAUCAUCAUUGCCAUGCUCAUCUCCAGUGGUGCUGGUCUUGUGUUGGAGAGAUACGUUGAAAAGUUCAAGGGGUUGGCCAUGAUAACACCUAUUCUAUGUGGUCUCGCGGGAAACUUGGGAUCCAUUUAUGCUUCUCGCAUCAGUACAUGCCUUCAUAGGGGCGUACAAGAGCAAUUCAAGACGGUCGAGUCAACACUAUUGCUGAUGAAUAUACCAGUGCAGAUUCUGUUUUUGCUUAUUGCGUGGAUUUUGGACAUUGGACACUUGGAUUUCACCUUUGCAUUUGCUUUGACUUACUUUAUCGUGUCCAUGAUUUGUACAUUCACAGCGUUGAAAAUGGGCAAAUCCAUGACAUUGGGAUUCUGGAAGUACAAAUAUGACCCUGACAACUAUGUUUUACCUUACUUAACGGCCAUCAUCGAUGUGAUUUGCACAAGUUUAUUAGUGAUAUCCUUCUCCUGGCUUAGCACAAAUGGAUUCGCUUCAUUGGAAGAAGAGGACCACAUCAAAUAA